AUGAGAGUGGUGGGGUUAACCAACGCUACGGGCAGGAAGAGAAAGGCCAAAGAGCGCUUCCCUCGCAUCAAAGCGGAGCAGCGAGGCCCUUACCGGAAGCAUCCUCUGGACAAGGUUGACCCGGAUCCUUACAUCCAUUGGAUCGACCUCAAGAUGGGCCGCACCCACACCUCGCGCCCUGCUAUCCCGGAAGCUUCCAUCGAAGCCCUCAAGACCCAGCUCGCCGCACUUCAAGGUGAAAAAGAACAGCUUAUCCGGGAGCAUCGCAAGGCUCUGGACGCCCAGGAGGUUUAUUCCAAGGGGCUGAAGGACCAGCUGAUCCAACUCGGGCUCCAGCACAAUGAGGCGAUGAAGGCCGCCAAAGCCGCAGCUGAGGCCAGGCUGAACGAAGCCCUGGAGGAUGCCAACAACUCUACCGUGAGUCCGCGAGCCGAGAGCUCAGUCCCAGGGCAGGGAAGGGUGCUCAUGGCGAAGCGGACGCCAUGCAUGGCGCUGCUCGUGCUCCUCGUCGGCGUGGCUGAUCGAGUGGUUUCGACCGCCACGGACCGCGGCCUAUUGCCGAACGGCAACUUCGAGGAGAGACCAGACAAGUCCCAGCUGAACGGCACCAUUGUGAAGGGUCGCUUCUCGAUACCGCGCUGGGAGAUCUCAGGGUUCGUGGAGUACAUAGAGUCCGGGCAGAGGCAGGGGGAGUUGGUGCUACCGGUGCCGGAGGGCGCGUGCGCCGUGCGGCUGGGCAACGACGCGUCCAUCCGGCAGAAGAUCAAGGUGACGCGGCGUACGGAGUACUCCAUCACCUUCAGCGCCGCGCGCACCUGCGCCCAGGCCGAGAAGCUCAACGUCUCCGUCAUAUUCGACUCCGGCCUCCUCCCCAUCCAGACCGUCUACACCAGCAGCGGCUGGGACUCCUACGCCUGGGCCUUCAGGGCCAAGCACACCGUCGUGUGGCUCACCAUCCACAACCCCGGCGUCGAGGAGGAUCCGGCGUGCGGCCCCCUCAUCGACUCGGUUGCUAUCAAGACCCUUAGUCGUCCCCGCCGCACCAAGAGUAACAUGCUGAGGAAUGGGGACUUCGAGGAGGGCCCGUACAUCUUCCCGGGGUCGACGUGGGGCGUGCUGGUGCCGCCCAUGGACGAGGACGACUUCUCGCCGCUGCCGGGGUGGAUGAUCAUGUCGGACACCAAGUCCGUCAAGUACGUGGACGCGCCGCAGCACAGGGUGCCGCACGGCGCGCGGGCCGUGGAGCUGGUGGCCGGGAGGGAGACGGCGCUGGUGCAGGAGGUGGCGACGGUGCCCGGGCGCUCCUACAGGAUGCUGUUCUACGUCGGGGACGCGGCGAACGGCUGUGAGGCCUCCAUGAUCGUCCAGGCGUACGCGGCGCGGGCGAGCCAGCAGGUGCAUCAUGACUCCAAGGGCGUGGGUGGGUACAAGCGCGGCAAGAUGGAUUUUGUGGCGGUGGACAAACUCACGCGCGUGGUGCUCCAGAGCAUGAACUACCACAUGAAGCCUGACGGGACGCUGUGUGGACCGGUCGUGGACGACGUGUCUCUCGUCAGCGUUCGCAAGGGCGCUGCUCGCCGGUUAUUCAGGUGA